AUGCAACAGCAACGCGAUUCAGCAAAGAGCUUAAGGUACCUGAUUGACAAUGUUUCAAAAAAUUUACGUGCGUUAAAGACUUUGGGUGAAAAAACCGAUACAUGGGAUUCUUUAGUCAUACAUUUGGUCUCAGCCAAGCUCGACAGUCCCACUAGUGCUAAAUGGGAAGAAUUUAAAAAUACUUUUAGUGAAAGUCCCUCCUUAAAUGACUUCUUUCAGUUUUUAAAAGGCCGUUCGGAUGUUCUAGAAUCCAUACGUCAUAAUAAUAAGCCCGAACGACAAGCCAAUACUUUUAAAGGAGAAACAAAUUCAUCUUUUCAUAAAUUUGAAAGGUCUCAUGCAAAAUCCUUUGCAAUUUCAGCCUCGCCUGCGUCUUCUUCUGUGGCGUGUGUUCUGUGCAACGGCAGCCAUCGCCUGUACGACUGUGAUUCGUUCCUUGGAAAGCCGGUUGACGAGCGUAUCGCCGAUGUGGUGCGGUUGAAGCUGUGCUUCAACUGUCUGCGCAAAGGUCACUCUUCUCGUCAAUGCAGAACCUACAGAACCAGGGACAGAUUUCUACGCCUAGAGUUCCUGCGUCGACUGUUUUGGAAGCGGUGGAUGCUGGAGUACAUAACACAAUUGCAAGCCCGACAAAAAUGGCGAACUCCUGGCACAUCGCUGCAAUUGGGGGACUUGGUACUCCUAAAAGAAGAAAACGCUCCUCCCAUGCACUGGAAGGUGGGACGAAUCACUGCUCUGUUCCCGGGAGAGGACGGAGUUGCUCGGGCGGCGGACGUCCGGACUACUACGGGCACGUACCGGCGUGGCACUCGGUAUUUAUGUCCAUUACUGGAUCCAGCAGCGUAUUCAUUGGAAGCGACAGCUUCCAACGCCCCGGAGGAUGUUCCGGCACAUUGCUAGCCGUCCCUCAGUGGAGAGGCGCGGGGAGGGAGGUUUCGGCUCGCGGCUGGGAGCGCGGCCGCCGGUCACUUCUCCAAGGACAAGAUAAGCGCCCGCGCAUAAAUUGGCAACACAAAACCAAUUUUGGCCACGGGAAUUUGUAAUAAUCAUUAUAGUCAUUAUAGUAACUUCAUUGAGA